AAAAUGAGUAUAGGCCAUGGUUGAAUGUGCUGUUGAUCAGGGUUUUUGCCCAAGAGGAUUGGUUGGAGGAGAUGGAGAAAUCAAUAGAUGAGGCAUUUGAGCACAAUACCUCUGUCACAACAGUGGGUGUGAUGCGGUCUAUCAUUGCAAGUUAUUUUCGGUGCAAUGCAGUGGACAGGCUUGCUAACUUUGUGAGGCGUGCAGAGUGUGCUGGCUGGAGAAUCUGCCGGUCCCUAUAUCAUUGUAAGAUGGUCAUGUAUGCAUCACAAAGGCGCCUACAGGAAAUGGAGUGUGUCCUAAAUGAGAUGGAGAAUUUUAACUUAGAUCGCACAAAAAAGACGUUCUGGAUAAUGUAUAAGGCCUACUCUAUGUGUGGUCAAAGGCACAAGGUCCAGCAAGUAUUAGGAUUGAUGUGUAAGCAUGGGUACGGAAUUCCUUUGGAUGUAUUGCCGUCAUAAUUUAUCCUUUUAACAUAUUGGAUGCCAGAAAUUGCAAAAAGCUUUCAGCUGAUUAUUGUGAGAGGGUUUUGCUUCGUCCGUGUGAUGGGAUUGAAGUAUCAAGUAAUUUAAAGAGAAAGUGCUGAACAAGUGUACAGUGUUCGAUGGACCAAGGCCACCAAAAUGCCGAAUGGUUACUGAGAUUGGAAUCAAUUCCUUCAGAUUGUUUUCUCUGCACAAAAUCCCAACUCACUUCCUGUAAUGUGACUAAAUUAACUGAAUUUUGUAGAAUGCUGCUACCAGGGCAGAGAAGAGAGAUUGAUUGAUUGAUGUUUUGACUUAUGAUGGAGUAUAGAAAUUUAUUGGUAUAACAAUGCAAGAGCAAGACUCAUCUUUGGAAGAAUCAUUCACGUUGACCUCCUGAGGACUAAUAUUUGCAUCUCAGAGGGUAUGAACUAAAUGUUUUUGCAAUACAAAUUGCAAUUUGAUAUCUUUUCUCUUUUCAAAAAUCCCUAAUAAAAUUCAUUAGCAUGCAAAAAGAUUUCCCAGAAUAGGUGGGGUGGAUUGUUGAAUUGAUCCCUUGAUUAUGUUUCAAUAAAAGUUGUAAUGAUUUGACGUGUUGAAGAAAAUAGUAUUUAUUUUCUUCCCAAA